UGAUUUGAUUCACAUUUUUUUUUGUUUCUCGUUUGGUUUUAAUUAGUUUAAUUGUUUCUCUCUUUACUGGAUUAAAUUUUUUUUUCUGUUAUGAAGAAUGUCUAUCUCAUCGGAAAAUGAUAUUGAUCUUGUCAAGAAACUUGCAUCUCUUGAUGUAAAUGUUGAUCAGAAACGAAUUCAAUCAAAAGCUUAUCACCAACUAUCUAAGGAACAAUAUGAGGUUAUGCAAAAAAUUUCUAAGGCUCAUAUUGACUCUUUUGAUUAUAUGAUUGAUCAUGGAUUGAUUGAUGGGCUAAAGUAUCUACGUCCAGCAGAGGUGGAAUUUCCCGGUGGUCAAAUUCUCGUCAUUAAAAUAACCAGAUUCGAAGUAGGAAAACCUAUGAUCCACAAAGAUGCUGUUGCCAGGACGAAGCAGCUUUUCCCUGCAGAGUGUCGAAUGAGAGGAAUCAGUUACAAGGCUCCAUUACAAGUGUCAUUUUCUCUAACACUAAACGGAAGACUAAUCGAUGAGGUUACCGAUAUAGUCGGUGAAAUUCCAAUGAUGUUAAAAUCGAAAAGAUGUAAUCUCUAUGGAUUAUCUCCAAAACAAAUGGUUUCCCGUUUCGAGGAUUCUGAAGAACUGGGUGGUUACUUUGUAAUCAAUGGAAAUGAAAAAUUACUCCGUUUUCUAAUAGCAACUCGACGUAAUUAUCCAUUGGCAAUUAAACGAUCAACAUGGAAAGACAGUGGUCAACUUUUCACCGAAUAUGGUAUUCUAGUUAGAUGUGUUCGAUCAGAUGAGAUGGCAACAAAUAUGGUUCUUCAUUAUCUCAAUAAUGGUACAGCUCGAUUGCGACUAAUUUACAUGAGGCAAAUUGUCUUCCUACCAAUUGUCAUGAUAUUAAAAGCUUUAUGUGAUUCCACUGACCAAUACAUUUACAAGGAAUUGAUUAAGGGAAGGACAGAUGAUACUUAUUAUCAAAGUUGUAUCGUUAACAUGUUACGACUUGUCCAAAAUGAGGGUCUAAUUACUCAGCAGCACGUUAAACAAUAUAUCGGUGAAAGAUUUCGUAUUAAAGUUAAUCUACCUCAUUGGUAUUCAGAUGAACAGGUUACCGAUUUUGUUUUAAAAAAUUGUGUUGCUACUCAUUUAGAAAACGAUAUGGAUAAAUUUAAUCUUCUAAUUUAUAUGACACGUAAAUUGUACAAAUUUGUUAAAGGAGGUUGUGCCCCAGAGAAUCCCGAUAAUCCAAUGUUUCAUGAACUUCAUCUUAGUGGUCAUAUUUAUUUCACUUGUCUUCUGGAGAGGAUGGACAAUUUUCUUGAAAUGACCGGUAGAAUAAUUAAGAAAAAUAUCGAUUCAGCAGCUCAAUCGGGUAAAGAAUAUAAACCAACUAGUACCACAAUUCGUCGGGUUUUAGCCUCAACUUAUUCUUCAAUGACCCGACCAUUAGAUUACAUGUUAAGUACUGGUAAUUUAAUCUCUCGAACUGGAACUGGAUUAAUGCAAACAGCGGGUCUUUCAAUUGUCGGUGAAAAGAUUAACUUUUGGCGUUUUCUGGCUCAUUUUCGUUGUGUCCACAGAGGAUCAGCUUUCACUGAACGACGAACCACCGAAGCUCGUAAACUUUAUCCAGAAGCCUGGGGAUUUAUGUGUCCAGUUCAUACUCCCGAUGGUACACCUUGUGGUCUAUUAAAUCACUUAGCCGAUGCUUGUUUCAUAUCUAACUUUCAACCGCCUGUUGAUAAACUAUUAUCGACCCUUGUUAAACUUGGUAUGCGUUUAAAAGAUUGUCCAUUUAACAUUGACCAUUCAGAUUACUAUUCCGUUCUGUUUGAUGGUAAAGAAAUUGGUUAUGUUGAUUAUGGUGAAGCAGGAAAACUUGUUGAGACAAUAAGAGUUAUGAAAACUAAUCCCGAAUCUGGUAUCCCAUCGGUUACGGAAAUUGGUUUCGUACCAAAAACCGAUGCACCGACUCAAUAUCCAGGAAUAUACAUUUUCACAACACCAACACGAAUGUUACGACCUGUGAUAAACCUGAAAGCUCAGAAAAUUGAACUUAUCGGGACUUUUGAACAAUGUUACAUGGAUAUUGCUCUUGUUGAUGGUGAAAUACACGAGAAAACGACUCACAAGGAGGUCAAACAAACCUCGUUCUUAUCGAUUUUAGCCUCAUUCAUACCCUAUCCCGACUUUAACCAAAGUCCACGUAACAUGUAUGCCUGUCAAAUGGGCAAACAAACAAUGGGAACUGCAACUCAUACAUCAAAAUAUCGAAGCGAUAACAAAAUGUAUUCCAUACUUUAUCCUCAAUCUCCUCUAGUCCGUCCAAAGUCCCAUGAUAUUUAUCAUAUGGACGAUUAUCCAAUAGGUACCAAUGCAGUUGUGGCCGUUAUUUCAUACACCGGCUAUGAUAUGGAAGAUGCGUUAAUAUUGAAUAAACACUCGGUAGAAAGAGGUUUCAAGUUUGGUAUAAUAACGAAAACUCAGAAAAUUGAUCUGCGUCAAUUGGACAAAGAAUCUUCAGAAGUACUGUACAUAUUUGGCCGUAAUCCAGCCGAUGAUAGACAUCGAGAUAAAAUCGACGACGAUGGUUUACCAAUUAUUGGUGCUAAAGUUGAAUACGAUGAUCCAAUUUGUAGUUACAUCGAUAUGUCCACCGGAGUGGUUAAAUUUGAGAAAUACCAUUCAAUGGAAACCGCUUUUAUUACCGAUGUUAAAAUUUGUGGCAAUUCUCAGGGUAAAGGUAUUCUUCAAGAGAUACACGUAUCAUUUUACAUUCCCCGUCGACCGGUGGUCGGUGACAAGUUUGCCAAUCGUCACGGACAAAAAGGAGUUUGUAGUUUCCUUUGGUCUUGUGAAAAUAUGCCCUUCACGGGCGAUGGACUAGUGCCCGAUGUUAUUUUCAACCCUCACGGUUAUCCCUCUCGUAUGACCAUCGGUAUGAUGUUGGAAAGUAUGGCCGGUAAAUCGGCCUCAUGUCACGGUUUAAUCCACGAAGCGACACCAUUUAUUUUCAGUGAAAAUAAUAAAGCAUCUGAAUAUUAUGCUGACAUGUUGAACAAAGCGGGUUACAAUCAUUUCGGUACCGAAAUGAUGUACUCAGGAAUCGAUGGUCGUCCACUUCGAGCUGAUAUUUUUAUCGGUGUCAUCUAUUAUAUUAGACUUCGUCACAUGGUUGGCGAUAAGUAUCAAGUCCGUUCGACUGGACCUAUUGACCCAAUAACCCAUCAACCUGUUAAAGGUCGUAAAAGGUGCGGUGGUAUUAGAUUCGGUGAGAUGGAGCGAGAUUCCUUACUUGCUCAUGGAGCUUCAUUCUUGAUUCAUGAUCGUCUUUUCACCCAAUCAGAUAAGACAAAGUGUUAUGGAUGCUCGAAAUGUGGCUCAAUCAUAUCGACGACACCGAUUACCAAGGAUCUUUUUGAUUCUAAUCAGAACAAUCUUUGUAAUCAAGUUUGGUAUUGUACUUCUUGUAAUACAAAUGCUCACGUUUGUUCAUUAAGUCUCCCCUAUUCCCUACGUUAUCUUGUCGCUGAAUUGGCCUCCGUUGGUAUAAAACUACAAUUUAAUUUUGAAUAAUCAAAAUUUUCUCAGCUCACAAAAAUUUAAUAAUAAUUCAAAAAUUAUGUGUAAAUGAUUGAAAAAUAUUUUUUUCGAGCCAAAUAAUUGUUAAAAUUUGCAAACAAAACAUUAAUGUAAUUGAAUUAAAUUCAUUUACCACAGUAAUAA